CGAGAACACCAGUCUCUGAUCCGAGACUCUCCGAGGAGUUUGUUUACAAUCCGAGAUGCAAACGCCGUUGUAUAAAUUCCACCCGGAGGACUACGAUGUUGUGUAUGAUCCGGCGGAGGACAGCUUCCUGCUGUUGGAUGCUCUGGAAAGCGAACUGGAAUGCAUUAAACGCGCCAAGCCUCUGGUUUGCGUAGAGAUUGGCCCUGGAAGUGGCAUUAUUAUCACCGCUUUGGCGAAGGCACUCGGUUAUGGCAACAGUCAUUUUGUUGGGGUGGACAUUAACCCACAUGCCUGCCGGAUGACGAAACGCACGAGUGAGCUGAACUCGUGUCAUAUGGAUGUCGUCAACAUGGAUCUGUUGGGAAGCUUCGCUUCCGGAGCUGUGGAUUUGCUUAUCUUCAAUCCGCCGUAUGUUGCGACUUCUGCGGGUGGCGAACUACUUGAGGAGCAAAUUGAUCAAUUCGCGCGCGAUAGACACGAGCUGGUUAAAUCGUGGGCGGGAGGGUUCGACGGUAUGGCGAUUACAAACAAAGUUCUGGAGGAUCUUGAUCGAAUUUUGGCGCCGGGAGCAUUGUUUUAUCUGCUGCUCUCAGCGGAAAAUAAACCACAAGAAGUUAUGAAGGGUUUAUCUAGAAGGCAGUUUGAUUGUGAGAUUAUCAUCGAUAGAAAAAUUAGAGGUGAACACUUGUAUGUGUUGAAAAUUAGAAGGAAGAGACCAAAAUAGUAAUUCAGUACUUUGUUCCAAAUUGUAAUAUAUUUAUUGCUUAAAAGGCUUUUAUUUAGGUAUAUACACUUAACGUAAAUGAAAAUAAAACAAUUUUACACAAGACAAACGUUCCAUCCUCAGGACCAUGCUGUCACGCAGUGUUCCGCUAUUUGCGAUGGAAAUUUACUUUACUAUUUUACAUGCUCUCGUGUCGAGUCAUAUCCCGCACGAAUUAUCAGAACGACUCGUUUCCAUAAAUAUACAAAUAAAGAUUCCAGUUUGUUAACAUCGAACAACGAAUACGGUUAUA